AAACACCGUCCGGCUGCCCAUGAGCCCUUGACGAACAGAGCUGCCCGCCUCUAAAACCCCGAUGCCAUGGAGGACUCCACGGAGGUGUGGACCGACGGCAACUCCCUCCUGAAGGCUGUUUACCUGUGCCGCUUGCGCCUGACUCGGCUGCUGCUGGAGGGCGGAGCCUACAUUAACGAAAGCAACGAGCGAGGCGAGACGCCGCUGAUGAUCGCCUGCAGGACUCACCACACUGAUGCUCAGAGUGUGCCCAAGCACAAGAUUGUCAGGUAUCUGCUGGAGAACGGUGCUGACCCGAACAUCCAGGACAAGUCCGGUAAGACGGCGCUGAUGCAUGCCUGCGUGGAGCGAGCCGGCGUGGAGGUCCUGUCCCAGCUGCUGUCUAGCGGGGCCGACCUAAGUUUAGAGGACCGCUCCGGUUCCUCUGCGCUAGUGUACGCCGUUAGCGCUGGAGACAAGGAAGCCCUGCGUGUGCUUCUUGAUGCCUGUAAGGCCAAAGGCAAGGAGGUCAUCAUCAUCACCACAGAUAAACUCCCUACUGGGAGACAGAUGACCAAGCAGUACCUGAACGUCCCUCCUCCUCCGGAGUUAGAGGAUCGGCUGCACUGCGCCCCGACUGCCUGCAUGUCACCCUCCGAAAUCAAACUCUCUCCUCAUCUUUCCUCCCGGGCAAGCCAGUCUCAUAAUGUCCCUCUGGAUUCUGAUCAUUUGAAGCCAGGGUCGCCUAUACCAGACCGGAGUCCACUGAAAGCUCCGGGUGUGGCUAAACUCCUUCACCUCCAGAGGCUGCACUCGGAGCCAUGGCUAAAUAUCCCGCCAUCGCUGUUGCUCCAGCAAAGCAAGGCGUCAUCCCUGACCGAGGAGCUACUCGAUAUCACCCCGGAGGAGGAACUCUCUUUCGGCUUUAUCAGCCACCGGCGCUCAUCUCAAAGAGCGCCUAUGGUUGCUCGUCAUCAAAGUAUGGAUGCCACUGGCCUGCAUCGAUCCCUGGACCAGCCAACCGAGGCUGACAAAGAGCACAACAAGGAAGCUAAGUGGCUAAGCAGAAAGAUGUCCUACGAUGGCGUUUCCUUGCCGCAUUCGGCCUCACACCAGAACCUUUCUAAAGAUGCCUCAGCAGGUGAGGUUAUGGACAAAGACCAGGACUGCCUUCCCAACCUGGCCGUGUCCAGCCUGCAGAACGUCGUCCGCCGUCGCAACAUCGGCAUGGACCACUACAGCUCGGACUCCCAGCUUCCUCAGUUCAGGAGCCAGCACUCGGACGAGCCUGCCAGAGCCGGAGCCGCAGGGACGGGGGAAACGGCGGGGGCGGAGAAGCGCAAGCUGGUUUUCAGUCGUUCGUCCACUCUGUCCGGCUCCAGGGAGUCUCUGGAGAGCAUCGUCCAGCGGAGGAGCCCGGCAAUGAUGGAGCGCAGAGGUUCUGGGGCUCUCCUGCUGGACCAUAUCUCUCAGACUCGGCCGGGCUACCUGCCACCACUCAACCCUCACGCACCCAUCCCGGAUAUCAAAGUCAACCCCACGCAUACUGGCUCUGGCGGCGGCAAGUCUCGUCCUGCCACCGGCGCCGGAUCCGGAAGCGUACCGAUUGCUGCCGGUCAACGGCAUUUCGUGCCCUGUGCUCCCAGCCUUCCCAGAGACCUAAAGUCCAAAAAGACUCUGUUGAGGAGACACUCCAUGCAAACGGAACAGAUCAAGCGCCUGGCUAACUACGAGGAGAUCUUCGGACAGUGAGUGCCUCUGCGUUCGGGCGGUGAUGUAAAUAGCAGCUUCACGUACGUACUCGUAAACGAAAGGACGUGUGUAUUCAUUUAUUUAUCUUAAUUAAGCACUUUAAUUCUGGUCAAGGUGGUGGUGAACCUUGGGCCUAUCCAGGGACACAGGGUGUCAGUUCACGCUAAUUUGUUCCCACUUUGAACGCCUUUAUUUGUCAUAUAUACAUCUACACGUGUACAGUAAGACGAUAUCCUUUCUUCGCAUAUUCCAGCUUGUUUUGUGGAAGCUGGGGUCAGAGUGUAGGCCAUGCUCAAGGGCCCAACAGUGGCUGCAUGGCAGAGCUGGGAUUCGAACUCUUAACCUUUCAGUUGAUAGUCCUAGGCUCUACCCACUUGGCUACCACUGUCCCUAAUAGAAGCAAUUUGAUGAUGCGCGUCCACCUACCACAUGCUUGCAGAGGGCAGUUGGUGCCACCCAGUCUUGAAGCAUCAACAAUCAAUCAAACAAACUGAACUGAACUGUGACGCUUGGCGUUUGAGCCAAACGCAACGAAACCAGGACAGAGUUGCAAUCUGCUUCUUCUUACCAUCAUCUUAUCUCACCGGCUUGUGUUUUGAUUCUUGGUG